GCCAAAAAGGGUAAGAGUCAUAUAUAUAGAUAGAGGUAUUUAGAUGGUGGAGUUCCAAUCAACUAGCUUUAAAGUGUUUUGUGAGAAGGGUGUGACAGCAAACCAAACCUACCUAUCGCUCUCAUCAUAGUACUUUGGUCCACUUAUUACAAAACCCUAAGAAAAUGUUCUAGUGUAGGGUCUUUGUUUCCUUUGUCUAUUCCUUUCUAAUACCAUCUACUUCUGCUCCCAUUCACUGAUAUAAACCUCUUCUCAUAGCUAUUAUUGAUAGAAAGAGACAGAGAAAGAGAAAGAAAAAAAUCAUCUCCUGAAAAAAUCUAUCCCUUUUUAGCUCUCAUGGACGCUUCAAUAGUUUCCUCAUCCACUGCUUUUCCAUAUCAAGAUUCUCUAAACCAGAGCAUCGAAGACGAAGAAAGAGACGUUCAUAAUUCUAGUCACGAACUCAAUCUCAUCGACUGCAUAGACGACACAACGAGUAUCGUUAACGAAUCUACAACAUCCACAGAACAAAAGCUUUUCUCAUGCAACUAUUGUCAAAGAACUUUCUAUAGCUCACAAGCACUUGGUGGUCACCAAAACGCACACAAGAGAGAGAGAACGUUGGCGAAGAGAGGACAACGUAUGGCAGCGUCAGCCUCAGCUUUUGGACAUCCUUACGGUUUCUCUCCACUUCCUUUCCACGGACAGUACAACAACCAUAGGUCUUUAGGGAUCCAAGCGCAUUCGAUAAGCCACAAGCUAAGUUCUUAUAACGGGUUUGGUGGUCACUAUGGUCAGAUCAACUGGUCAAGACUUCCAUUUGAUCAACAACCAGCCAUAGGUAAAUUUCCCUCAAUGGAUAAUUUUCAUCAUCAUCAUCAUCAGAUGAUGAUGAUGGCUCCUUCAGUAAAUUCACGGUCCAAUAACAUCGAUAGCCCAAGCAACACAGGACGGGUUCUAGAAGGGUCACCGACUCUUGAACAAUGGCACGGAGACAAAGGAUUGUUGUUAAGUACAAGUCAUCAUGAAGAGCAGCAGAAACUUGACUUGUCCCUCAAGCUUUGAGAUUCUUUUUCUUGAUUCUUGAAUUUAGUGUCUUUUUACUGUUUUUUCAUGUGAUUGUUAGUACUAUUUUGUGUAUAUUUUUUUCUAGUAAAGAUAAUCUAAUGUACAUCUUUUUCACAUAUCUACUUUAGUCUGAGAUUUGUAAACUAUUAACUAUACAUUAAUGGAUUUCAAGUAGACAUCC